AUGCAGCUUUCUUUCCUUCAGCAUAGUAAACUGGGCAACAUGCAUUUGUACACUAAGCUCUGCGCCCUAGCCGCAUCCGCCACCGCUCUGGCUACUGCUGAUGCCCGCUUUGCUCCAGACAAGGUCCACGCUGAAAAGAACGCGCACGCCAUCUUCAACUCGAUACACUCUGCCGGUCGGCAAUGGGGCUCAAGCAUCUACCACAAUGGCUUUGCCCUGAUCCCCGUUGUGGUGCCUCGCGGGUCCGUCUUUUACCACGGGGCCGCGACAAAAGAGCAGCCUGCGGGGCCAGAGUGGCUAGCUUUCGAGCCUGAAGCUGCCGAAGCUUUCGGUUCCGACUGGAGUAGCUGUCGCGGCAGCUGCGAGCCCUCGAGUGACUCGUCAGCCACGGCUCAAGCAAGCACGUCGGUGUUGGCCGUACGAAGUUACGUUCACACGUAUAGAAACAAACGUGACUUGAAGCUGCUGCUCGUCGACGGCAUGUCGGGCGCCAAGACCAACUACGGUACACUUGACACGCAAGACUUGGUGCUGCUCGAGGGCAGGAAGCUUGACCAAGACCAGUUCGAAGACGAAAGCCGCGCUCAGGAGCUGUGCAAGGUGGUGCAGCCCUGGGGCUACGACGGCCUGAUUAGGGCCGAGCUUGGCUUUGAGAUUAUCAACUGCAACUUUACAGGGACCGUGACCCAGAUGAAAGUAAAGAGCACCUUUUUCAGCAAAGACAAGGCUGGUGACGACUCGAUGCGUAUUUACCAGUGGGCUCGGGCUGCCGGUCAGCGCUACGAUGGUCUCGGGGCGCGCCUCAAGUUUGACUUCUCGUCGAUGGUCUCCGGGCUGUUUUAUCCCAUCAACACGACGAACCCGGAUCCGUCGCAUCCUGAGUUCAAGCGACUUGCUGCGACGCCCAUGGACAAUCUGCGCGUUAUCAAGAACCGUGUGGCAGAAAUUGCCAAGGCCGAUUUCCAAACCUUUCUCAUCGACUGGAGGUACAUUGUCGACACUGUCGUCGAGAGGUUCUCUGAUAGGUUGGCUGCCAUGGCUGAUGAGGAUGUCGGCGACAUGGAAUUCAUCAACGAGAUUGAAGCUGCAGCGACUAGUUACGUCGACGCAAUGGCUCUGGAGAGUGAUGGAGAGGAUGCUCCGGAUCAGGACGCCUUCAUCAAGCAGUCAAUCAAGGACUGCAUGGACCACUAUCUGUAUCCGGCUCUUCCCUUUUCUGGGCGGUGGAACCAAGCAGAUCAUAUGCUCUACCACAGCGUCAUAACCGUCACUAGCCACAUUUGCACGACAUUUAUCCAAGGCUGGCGAGACCUCCGUGAUGCGUCCUCUUCACACAAAGGCGGUAUUCGAUACAGCGACGACGUCAAGCAGCAACGCACUACCCUCCACAUGGUCAAGUCACAAGUUCGGCAGCUGAUGAGUCGCUUGGGCUGGGCGCCAUGGCGCAAGACUCGGCCUUGCCCCGUCGACGAGGCCAUGUUUGUCGCCAUGUGGCCGUACGGCGACAAGACAGACCACUUCAACCCUGGAUGCCGCAAGAGGAGUCAGCUCGUCGUGGACAGGAAUGAUUACUGGAACCUCAGCUACGUGGACGCCAGCGGAGAGACGCCGACGUUCAGCUCUGAAUCCGAGGAGCUGUAG